AUGUCCAGUAAGCAACUGGAGAUGUAUGAGAGUUACGAACAACAGGUAGCCACUCCAAUCACUGAUGGGAGAACUUGCCUGCGUUACGAGGUUCCAGAAGCAGUUUCCCCCGCGCGCACCUCGCUCCUGGUCGAGCUGCCUAGACACCUCGGCUUUGCUGCUACGCUCUUUGGCUCGGCCGCAGCUCCUCCGAGGUGCGCCUGCAGCGGCCGCGACUUUGUCCUCACAGCCGAGGGCAGCCGAGUGCGAGGCCCGACAGGGACCCAAGUGUUCCCAAGAGCCGCGACCUGCCGGACCCCCCUCGAUAUCCAGCUGCGUCGUGCCGCAGGGCACGUUGAGCCGGGACGGAGCGUGCGCCACGUGCGCGCGGUGUCCCGGCCGCCGUGGGACCCGCACCAAUCAGGUGCGGCUGUUCUUCCGCACGCCCCCUGGGCAGUGGGGCUCCAGCUCCGAGCUCUGCCGCGCGCCCAGGCCAGGCGCGGCGUUUGGGCCCCAAGGAAAAUGAGACAGGACCAGGUAACCGGGCGGGAUCUACGAAGCCACUCCAAGCGACUCUUCAUCUCCUACUACUCUGCCCCCGGCGCGCGGGAACGGGCAGCUCUCUGCCAGUCGCGGAAUAAAGCAGCUUGGAUGCCACUGGGCUCCUCCUUCGUGCGGUUAGGACUUUCUUGUCUUUGUGGUGAAGAGGUGAUGAACAAAAAGCAGCAGAACAAGUCUGGGAUUGACUCUUCCUGGAUUUGGCAAAACAUUAGCAAGAAGCUAGCACUGCCUACUCGAAGUUUGCUGGUGCGAACUCCAGUCUAUCCGCGGCUUUUAAAAAAAUGUAAACCCUUUUAAAAAUUAUGUUGGUGAACUGAACAAUAGGCAGUGCAGUGACUGGAUCAGGCCAACGGGUCCAUCAUUCCUAAUUUUGCUAAAACUAGGAGCGGGCGCAGUGCGGAGCGCGCUCCUGACCCAGGAGUGGUGUCCCGGCUGCCCGCCGCGCCUUGAGGCAAGGCCGGCAAUGACGGGCGCAGGUUCCACGGCUGGGGGGCGGCGGGGAUAUAUAAAA